CUUGUAUACUCAUUUCAUCUUUCUUCUCUGCAUCAUGUCGAGACAGCAUUGGUGGAGGCAUUGGCUUCCAAAACCACUGCAUGGGAAAAGGAGAGAGGCCUUGAGUUCACUUAUGAUGGUAUUUGUCUUCUUUCCAUGCUUGAAGAGUACACUAUUUUACGGCAAGAAAAAGAGGAAGAGCACAAAAGGCAGAGGGACCAGAAGAAACUUCAGGGACAGCUAAUAGCAGAACAGGAGGCACUUUUUGGGUCUAAACCGAGCCCUAUGAAGAAUCAGAGUGGGAAAAGAGGUCCUAGGUUGUCCUGUGGUGGUGCAAGCAACGAAAUGCUUUCUUUAGGAGGACCAAGGCUGCAAACUCUUAAACCUGAUCUGCUUCACUCCACAAGGGCUAUUCCCAAUACGCACAAAAGUAGGAAAAAUGCUCGUCUUCACCAAAACGACCAAUUUAACCACCCCAGGGAUAACGGAGUUGCACCUUUAUCAGCUGGAAGGAAAGGUUUGGACAUUGCUGGCCUUCCUGCAAAAAAGCACCAUUCCAAUGCAGUUAAUGCUCGUGGAGUAGAGUCACACAUGCUGCGCCAGCCCUUUUCGCCUAUUUAUUCCACAGAUUCAUCAAAGUCCAACACAACAAAUAUAUUGAAAGGUCUGAACAGAAAACAAAAAGAAAUGCUGCAGAAAACACUUACAAAUGAAAUUACACCAUGUACUACUCCUUUCAAGAUAAUUUCUGCUGCAGAUGAAGAAAACAGGACUCCCAAAACAAUGUCAAUUCCUCUGCCAUCUACGCCCUCAACCGUAUCAGUUUCAAUGCAGACCACCAUGACCCCUGCUCCUCCAGUUAUUUACAGCGCUCAUCCAGUUGAAGAUAUUGAUGCAGAGAUUGAGUACUCUUUUGAGGAAAGAAGAGCUGGUUUUGUGCUUCCUAAGACACAUCUAAGGACAAUUAUACAAGAUUGAUUAUUACCAACUGCAGGUGAUCUUGACAAUGUUUUUGUUCUUUGCCUUUUUUUUUUGGCAAGCUUUUUGGAUCUUGUUAUCCAUUAUUGAUAAGUCAAUUCUAUUGGCUUCUUUGAUGUGUACAUAGUCUAAGGGCCUGUUUGGUAUAUUUUUUGGGAUGAGUUUGGAUUGGUUUGUCUAAUCUCUUCCAAACCCAAAGAUAAGAUUCAAAGAUGAGAUUCAAGAUUUAAUGUUGUUCAUACUCAUGUUUGGUAUGAGCAGGGAUAUAUGGCUAUUAUGAUAAUAUAUUUGUAUGUAAAUAACUAUUUUGCCCCUUAACCAAUUUAG